AUGGACAGCUCAUAUGGUACCUCCGCGGCCGGGGUGCCAUAUCAGCCGAACAAGCCGCAGAAGCGGAAGCGAGUCGACAGCGCCCCUCCCGCGCGUCGAAGCACGAAUGCUUGCUGUCGCUGCAAAGAAAAGAAGAUCAAGUGCCAUUUCAGCGCCAGUGGCCAACAGAGCACAUGCACGCCAUGUAUGAAGGCAGGGUCGGACUGCCAGUACGACAUUGCGCCAGACGGCGUUCCUCGAGGCGCAGAAUAUAUCAAAGAACUGGAAGAGAAAGUACAUACCCUCGAAGCCGAUUUGCAGACGGCCCGAACCGCAGCCGCAUCGAAUCAAUCCCACUCAUCUCCCUCCGUUCACGCUGGCUCUCCAGCGGCAAGUCGCGUGAGCAGCAAUGCGGCCGCGUCGCAAGGCAGCCAGCGUGGAGGACGACUAGGACGACGUAAUGGGGUAUUAUCCGCACACUUCCCAUCUUCGCUAUCGCUCAGUCCCUCCAGGAAUCGGGACAGCCUCUUACUGCCAGAGCCAACAUGGAUCACUCUGACUUCCGAUACGACGGUCUUCAACAUUUUGCACAGCCGUCCGCUGCCGUUUCAGCAAGACUCCGAUACUCUGCCCAUCGUCCCCUCGGCCGAAAAUUCCAAACUUCUUAUUCAGACAGUAUAUAUGCACACGCAGGCGCGGUACUGCAUUGUGGACUGGGCGCGUGUGCACAGACUGAAUGAGACGCGCGAAGCAGUCUGCCAUGCAGCAAUUGACAAGGAUAUCGAGGCCCAGACAGAUGCUUAUUUCCUCUGGAUUAUUUAUGCCAUUGGAGCGCAAUUCUCUACCGGCUCAGAGCAGCUAUCCUUGGGAUAUUAUACGCACUCACUGAGAUACCUCGGGAACGUAUUGGCGCAACAGGAUCUGGACACUGUACAAGCGCUUCUGACCUUGAUGCAGUACCAGUUUCGCGCACCAAGCGGCCCAUCUAUCUGGCAUCUUUUGGGCGUCACUCUGCGUCUGUGUAUUGAGCUGGGAUAUCACAGAAAAUGCGACACGGCACCGUACGAGGACCCGUACACCAUGGAGCUACAAAAGCGCUUUUUCUGGUGUACAUAUUGCUUUGACAGAAUGGUUUCAAUCAUGUCCAAGCGACCGUUUGGUGUCCACGACAUGGACAUUGAUGUCGAGGUACCCGUAGAUGUCGACGUUAUGUGCACUGAUGCGCAGCGUUUGCGAGAUCUCCAAGAUAAACAAGCAUCUGGAGAGGCGGACAGAGACGGCGCAAUCACAACAAUGACGACGUCGUUGCACCACUUGCAAAUAUACCGAAUCAGAUCCCGCAUCAUAACUCGACUGUCGGGACCGCAUGCUUUUGCGCCGACAUACGAAGACGUCAUGGAGUUUUUGUCGGAGCUCGACAUUUGGCGACAACAGACUCCGCCGCAAAACAUGCUGCCAGCCACUCUUCCUCACCAAACCGACGAAAACGUCCAGGCGACAUAUUUCCAAGCUGCCCUAUUACUAAUCCGACCGCUCUUGUUUCGCACGGCGAUAGACCAAAGCCUACUCUAUCGCUGCGUUACUCUCUCCGCAGACGCAUGCGAGAAUGCGCGCGAGCUGAGUCUGAACCCACAGACGUUCAACUCCCCCAUCACCGUGUACAACUGUUUUCGAUGCGGCGUGACGCUCCUGCAGUGUCUUGCCGUGCAGCCCACGAUCCUGCCCCUGCGGCGCACCCUUCGGGCGAUAAGCGCCGUGUCGAGUGCCCUGGCCGUGUACUGUCGAGUGGUGCCCACGGCGGAACCGCUGCUGAGACUCUUUGAUAUGCUCUCGGAUCAGUUUCUCGGCGACGGUGAACACCCCACCGUUUGGAACCCGAACCUGUCCAACCUCCGCUCCAUCCUGCAGCGCAUAAUAUCUGCUGGACCAUCGGAGACGCUCGAACUAUAUAAAAUCCUCACAGAGGAAGAGGGCGAUACGGCCCACACGCCCCUUUCACAGGCAGCUGUAGACGAAAACGAAUCGGGAAACAACGAAUUUGACUUUCUGCUUGGCACCGAUUCCAUGUCGACACUCGGUAUGAAUUUGAUGAUGCCUUUCGAGACGUAUCCCGCCUUCAACCAAGACGGUGUGCAGUCACAAGAUUCUGCGGCGCUAUGGAACACCAUACCAUAA